AUGUCGGAGGUAUCACGCGAAUUUCAAGUGUGGUCCGAUCUUUACAUAGACCUUGGCGGAAACUACCACCUUACUUUUCCCAAGUGUGCACCAUACCUGAUUCUUGCAGGUGACAUCGGCCGCUUGAAGGACUACGAUAAAUAUCUCGAAUUCAUCAAAGCGCAGACGGAUCGAUUCAGCACAGUCUUUCUCGUUUUGGGAAACUAUGAAUACUACGGCGGUGAUCUUCGAGAUGGCCGCGCAGCAGCGGGUCGACUCGAGCAAGAGAAAGUACUCCAGGGGAAAUUGGUUGUUCUCGACCAGCGGCGAUACGACGUGCCCUGGACCGAUAUCACUUUUCUCGGCUGCACCCUCUGGGAUCCAAUUAAUAACCCAGAUGACGAGGAACUUGCAAAGUCGCAGACCAAAGACCAUAUAGAAAUCAAGGGGUGGGACAAGAAUCGUCACCACGAAUUGUUCCUGCAGCAUGUUGAGUGGUUGACAAAACAGGUCACUGAGAUCCAAGAACAGGAUAAAACGGCCCAAGCGAAACGAAAGAUAGUCGUUAUCAGCCAUCAUCCACCUUGUUUCGACUUAGACCGCACCUUACUGGUGUUCACGAGCGUCCCCAAACCCUUCAACGGGGUUCAUGCCUGGGUUUCUGGACACACUCACUCAUACAAACGCAAAGGCUCGUUUGAUUUCAAAAAGACGGGAGUGCACUUUGUGAGCAACCAGCAAGCCCAUCCCGAUUGUAGAAACGUGUCUUUUGAUAAAGAAAAGGUUAUCACACUCUGA